UGACUUCGUCAGUCUUCGAGCUUUGACGCUACUUUUCCAUUCCUCAAUUACCUGUUAGUGUUUACACGCCGCCACGUUACUCCAUAAUUGUUUAACAACAUUAUCGAAUGCUCAUCAUAUCAGUGUAACAAAAAAUGAGAACCAUUAGCGUGAGGGAAUAUUGUUUGUUGCUGUGUUUGUUCGCUGCGAUUGCAACACCAGCGAGAGGCAUUGAUUGUUACCGAUGUAACAAUACGAGCGGUAAACACCAGUUUCAGUGUAAUGAAUUUUUGACGAAUGACAUCGACAUGGUACCAGAGCCCUGCGAUGAUGUCUUCGGGGCUCAGUAUUGUGUAAAACAUGUUGGACGUUACGAGGCACUGGCCCUCAGAUGCUAUCAAUGCACGUCUGCAACCGAAUGGACUUGUGGAGAAAGCUUUCUCACAGAAGAGGCACAACAACCUGAGAGCUGUGAUCAUGUUUUUGAUGCUCAGUAUUGCAUUAAAACUACUGGGCGUUACGGAGGGGGAAUUGGAACGAAACGAUACUGCUCAUCAGUCCACAUGGGAAACUUCUGUGAAUACGUGAAACAGGUUGGGGACACUCUGGAGUACAGAACCUGCGUGUACACCUGUUCAUCUGAUGGAUGCAAUCCGGCCACUAGGGCAUCUACCAGCGUAGGAGUCAUUUUCUUCGUUUCGAUAUCCACAAUCAUUUAUUUUUUUAGAAGAUGAGCUCGGGGGGACUAAUGGUACUAGAAUAUUUUUAAAUCCGUCCACAAUCCUCGCCAGGAUAGUUGAGAUAUGCUGUUAGCAGUACUCCGUCCAAAAAAAAGAUAUUGAAGACAGUUUCUAUUUUUUAUUUAGUACUUGAGAAUUUUUACGAGAUUUACAAGUUAAUUUGAGGGUAUUAGACACUCAUUACUAGGCUUAAAUCUUUCAGAGACUUGGAAUUAAUGAAAAAUGUGCCUUCUUCGAUUCUAAUACGGCUUCUUUAUUUUUUAAAAAUAAGCUACAAAUUAUACAAUGAUUCUUCGAUUUCUACGGUUUCAUAUCAUUUUGUACGCAUGAAUAUUAACUGUUGUAGCGUGAUUAUUUGUUUUUUUAAUGAAAUGAAAGUUUGUCGUCUGUAGAA